AUUUUUUGAUGAUAAACAAAUCAUAAUGUUAUCGUUAAAUUGUUUUUCAUCAUCACCAUCAUCGGAUUCAUCCGAUCAAUCAAAUGGUGCAAGCGGUCAUCAUCAUCAUCAUCAUCAUCAACACCAGCAUUCCAACAACCGUUUCUCAGUAUUACAAAGUUUUUGCGGUUCAAUUCCAUCACAAUUAACAGUUCUAUUUGUUGGUUGUUUCCGUUGUUGUUGUUGUUUACGUGUCUGUUCAAAUAAACGUGAUAAAAACAGGAAACGUCGAUUUUCAUUCAACCGUGAUCGUCGUCUUAGUUUUCCUACUGAUCUACAGCAGCAACAAAUACAACAUCAUAGCCCUCAUGCAUCGAAGUUUGUCAACAAUGUUGCCGCAGAAAAAUCAGCCAAUGUUCAAUUGUCACCAAACAUUACCGGUCAAGAAAUAGCUAAUUUUGCCACAGUGCCUACUAACAACCAAAAUGGUGUUGAUGAAAAUGCCUUUAUUGAUGAAGCAAUCAACAAUGAUGGCCAUGAUAAAAAAAGCCGUCAUAAUUUUGAUUUUCGGAUAUUGAAUCGUUUAUUUUUUAUUGAAUUUUUCCGCCGAAGACAAAAAAAUCAUGACAACGAUAAUAAUAGAAUAGCUAAUGUAAAUGUAAUUUAUCAUAACAAUGACGAUGAAACAACCCCUUAUUAUCCAGUCAAUCACGACCAACAAUAUUCAGUUCAUCAGUCACUAACAUUACCAUCAUCAUCCAAACAACCAUUGAUAUUGCAACAAUUAUCGAUAUCAUCGCUUGCUAAUAAUUCAUGUAAAGCUGCUAAUUCUUUCAACUGUGAUGUGAUUCUCCCUGCAACGACAAUGAAUCCUGAGCUUUUUGAAUCAAAAAAUUCAGAUGAUAAACCUAAUGAAGCUGAUGAUAAUGAAAUUGAUGAUGAUGGUGAUGAAGACGAUGAUGAUGAUGGUGAUGAGGAUAUUGUUAUAUCCAACCAACGGGUAGUGCCUUCACAUUCUGGUCAUAAUCAAUUUAUACAACAUCAAUCAUCAUCAUCAUCACCAUCAAAAUCUUUAUUAAUCACUUCGUUGUUUAAAUCAUCAAAAAAAUCUGUGGUACCUAGUGUUGGUUCAAAUUCAAACAGUCAACGUGAUAAACAAAUACGAAUGGACAUAUCGACAAAACGUUUGAUGCGAGAAAUUGGCGACCUAAUGCGUCGCCGUCAAAAUCAACAAUUGACGGCCAAUUUCACAACAGAAUUAGUUAAUGAUUCUUUAUAUGAAUGGUAUAUAAAAAUCUAUGAGUUUGAUAAAGAAUCUCAGAUCUAUUCGGACAUGCAACAAUAUCAAAUUCAAUUCGUACAAUUGCAUGUUAUAUUUCCUGAUUCAUAUCCAUUUGAACCACCAUUUAUACGUGUCGUUACGCCAUACAUUGAACGAGGUUUCGUUAUGGAAGGAGGUGCCAUAUGUCUAGAAUUGUUGACGAAAACUGGCUGGACUAGUGCCUAUACAAUGGAAUCGGUAAUCAUACAACUUAUGGCAUCAUUUGUCAAAGGACAAGCAACAAUCAAAGCAACAAAAGAUGUUAAUAAAUGUUUCACAAAAAAAUCAGCCAUUAAUUCCUUUCGGCAUAUCGUACGCAUUCAUGAUAAACACGGAUGGGUGGACACUCCUCUUUACGAAGGAUAACGAACCAUAUGGAAUUUAUUUUUAUUCCAAUGUUAUUGUAUCAAAUUGAAUACCCAUCUAAAGGAAAAGAUA